AUGGAGCUGUCCAUCCUCCCCAGUGCUGAAACCUACCCUGUCUACUUCUUCAACAGCACCUUGCAAGAUUUCAGCUCGAAUUCUCUCGUUAUUUCCAACGAUACAAGACCAUAUGCCAUGAAGAACACCAGUUCGAUCGUCAUAGCUAUUGCUAUCACAGCUCUGUAUUCGGUGGUAUGUGUGGUGGGGCUGUUGGGAAACAUCCUGGUAAUGUAUGGCAUUGUGAGGUACACCAAGAUGAAAACAGCCACUAACAUCUACAUCUUCAACCUGGCCCUGGCUGAUGCCUUGGCCACCAGCACACUGCCUUUUCAAAGUGCAAAAUACCUCAUGUCCACCUGGCCAUUUGGGGAGCUGCUCUGCAAGGUGGUCCUCUCAAUCGAUUACUAUAACAUGUUCACCAGUAUCUUUACCCUCACCAUGAUGAGUGUGGACCGGUACAUAGCUGUCUGCCAUCCAGUUAAAGCCUUGGAUUUCCGGACCCCAGCUAAAGCCAAGCUUAUCAACGUUUGCAUCUGGGUGCUCUCUUCAGUUAUUGGGGUACCCAUCAUGAUUAUGGCUGUCACCAAAUCAAAAGGCAAGUGGCUGUACCCACAUUCUAUGCUGUCCUCCUCUGUGGCAUCUUGA